UUAAUAUGUGCAGCUUUAUUGUUGUUUUAUAAUUUUUAGUAAAAUUUUUACUUAGUACUCUUAUUUUUGUGUACUCUGUCCUGUAUCAAUACUCCUUGAUUUUAUUAUAUACAUAACAUGAUGUGACAUUUAAAGCUGUGAUUGUUUUAACUAUGUGAAGCACAUUGGGCUACCGUUGUGUAUGAAAUGGGCUAUAUAAUAAACUUGACUAGUAGGAAAAUUGUUUACCUAAAAAUGUUGUCAAAUUCUCAUUUUAGUGUCCGGAGACAUUGUUGCAGCUGCGUAACUAAGCCCUAUUCUGCACAUUUUAUUCUGAAAAGUUUGUAUGUCUUCAGAGUCUCACUAAGAAGUUCUCAGUGAUAAUGCCAUCAUUCUGCAAAAGCCUGGAGACAAAGUGAUCAGACUCUCCCAUUCUGCAGAUGGGGCCACAGAUGGCAGAGGUCUUAAAACUGGCUGUGGAAGAAACUCAUCACGCUGUCAACUAGGGCUGCAACAACGAAUCGAUGAAUUCGAUGAAAAUCGAUUACUAAAAGCGUUGGCAACGAAUUGCGUCAUCGAUUCGUUGUGUUGCGCAACUCUUCCAAAAGCCCCCUCCCCUCCCGCCCGCCGUUGCGCGCAGACCGGUGGAGAGCCGGCAGGUGUUUGUAAGAGGAACAUGGCAGAAGCAGCGAGACCCCAAAAAAGUUAAAACUUCUAAAGUUUGGGAGCAUUUUCAGUUAAAUCAGGCGAAGACAUGCAACGUUUGUAGGUCAGACUUAGCAUGGCACGGGGAUACUACGGUGAUGAUGCAGCGUCUUAAACGCAAGCAUGUCAGAAUCAUCAGCGAGGAAGGAGAGAGCUCGGUGUCCGGGUGGAUGCCGUGAUGCCAUUUGGAUGCCUGGCCCUACGAGAUGGGCGGACCUAUAAUAACAUCUCGGAUGUCAUGGACAAAUAUGAGUUUGGACAAGUGCUUCGAGCGAAGGAGUUCUGUGAGCUGUGCCUGGUAAAGGACAGACAAACAGAAAAGGUGUUCGUCUGCAAGAAAUUCCUCAAGAAAGAUGGCAGGAAAGUCCGAAAGGCCGCCAAGAAUGAGAUCAUGAUCUUGAAAUUAGUCAAUCAUCCAAACAUCCUCCAGCUGAUCGACACAUUUGAGACCCGAAAAGAAUACUUGAUCAUCCAGGAGCUUGCCACAGGGGGAGAUGUAUUUGACUGGAUUCUGGACCAAGGCAAUUACACAGAAAGAGAUGCCUCCAAUGUCAUCAAACAAGUCCUGGAGGCCGUGGCAUAUUUACACUCCCUCAACAUUGUUCACAGGAACCUAAAGCUCGAAAACCUGAUGUACUACACAGAAAACAACCAUAACAGGGUAGUUCUGCGAGAUUUUUACCUGUCCAGAUUUGAGAACGGACCCAUCACAGAGCCCUGUGGAACACCUGAGUACCUAGCUCCUGAAGUGGUAGCUCGUCAUCGAUACGGUCGACCAGUGGACUGCUGGGCUGUGGGUGUGAUCACGUUUAUACUCUUGUCUGGAAAUCCUCCUUUUUAUGACGAAACAGAGGAGGAAAACACAGAUCUACAUAAUCGAAUCAUCUUCUGUCGGAUUGUUGCCGGGGACUUUGAGUUCGAUUCUCCCUAUUGGGAUGACAUAUCACCUGCAGCCAAAGAACUUGUGUGUCGACUUAUGGAAGUGGACCAGAUGUUGAGAAUCUCAGCUCAAGAUGCACUUCGACAUGAAUGGAUUGCAGGGAAUGGUGCAUCAGAGAAAAACUUGAAGGAGGGUGUGUGUGCCCAGUUUGAGAAGAACUUUGCCAAGGCCAAAUGGCGGAAAGCCAUCCGUGUAACCACCUUCAUGCAAAGGCUGAAGAACUCGGAGGCACUGACUGAUGCUUCAGCAGAAGUUCAGGGUGGUGAAGGGGGCACUUCCCAAGCAACAAGUGAUGAGGGAGAGAAAGGAACCAAUGAUGGAGGGGUCACAUCAAGCAGUGUGUCUUUAGAGGUCACGGUUGAAAAUGCACAAGGCGGCAUCGUCAAGGAUGAAAGCACCAAUAACAUGGAAGAAAUUUUGGAAGAGGUGAAUGUGCCUACAGGCCUCUCUGUUGGAACUUCCCCAUCAGAUGUUCAGGACCCUCUUGGCCAAUCAUAUUUGGCACCUAAGCCUGCACAGGAGGAGCUCAACAAGUCUAGCAUGAAGAAAGGAGCAGGAGAUGGAACCAGGAAAAUUGCUGCCAACUUGGGUCAAAAUAAAGUUGUUCCAGAGGUGAAAAAGACUCAGGAGAUGGCCCCGGAACCAUCAAAGGUGUUAGAAAGUUCUUUGGCCACAGAUGUUGACAAAAAACAAACAUCAGCCUCUCCUGGGCACAAAAGCAAGCACAAGAUGGCUGCAACACUUCAUGGCCCUCUUACAACAACAUCUUCCCCACCAGAGAAGCGACCGACCACUCAAAAUGUACAGAAGGAUGAAACUGAUGGAAGCUGGUGUCAGACACAACUGCCUGAAGCAGUGGCAGAAAGGUCAAUAGGAACACCAGUUAGUUCAGCAGUGGGAGUGGGGGCUGGAGUGGAUGCAGGAAUAGCAGUUAGGUCAAGAGGUGAUGUUAGUCCCGUAGGUAGAAGAGAUAGGGAUGCCAAAAAAACAGACAGAUACAGUGCUGAGUUUAGCACAGCCAGGACUGCUGCUGCACCAGGACAUGGUUGUUAUACAGCCGGCAGCUCUGCUAGUUUGGGCCGUCAUGCCACGCCAUACAACCCAGAAGCUGUGUCUGUGGGGAUUGGGAUAGCAGGGAGCUUUGGGAGUCCAUACAGUUCCCUUUACACAAGCGGAGGAGGGGUAGGGAUGUAUAGGACAGGCCUACACCAUGCAGGAGGGGGAAGCAGUGCAACAAGCGACUGGAAAAUGGACAGCGUCAUUGAGCAAAUUGAAAAGCAAAUGGUUGCAGUGCUCGAAAAGAUUGAGGGAGACAUGCCUUCACUGCUCGAGCAAAUAAGUGACUGUCCUACUGAACCAGCACGUUCUAGGAGCACGCACGCCUCUCCUGCCACCGUCCGUGCACGUCCAACUCAACAUUCCUCAGCCUCGACCACCCCUCCACCGCUUCCCACUUCUCCAAGACCUGCGCUCCCAUCUCUCCCUCACCUUGCCAUUCCUCCUCCGUCUUAUCCACCACCAUCUCCACCCACACAGGCCUCACCCCAGUCUGUCAGGGGCAGACUGGGGUGAGGGCAAGGAUGGACAGAGAGCUGCUGCUCAUCCAAGCCAAUCACCAAAAGCUGGCAUGAACUGGGGGCUUUAAAGAUAAUGUGCAUGAUGUUAUACACAAUUACAAAGCACCUAAAAAUGGAUUUAUUAUUUAUUUGGGAGUGUUAAAGGAUUCCCUCUCACUGAGAAAUGGAACGUACUUGAUAACCAAAAGUAUCUAAACAAUGUUAUUAUGGUUGUAAAUGCAGAUCAAAUUACUGUUUUGGUAGCCUCCCAAAUGAAGGUUAGGGUAUAAUAUCUCCCCGCCUGUCAACGGCAAAAAACGAGAACUCCAGAUGUUUUCACUUCUUAAAUCCAGAUUGUGUGCCUCAGUAUCAGCCUGAGGCACACAAUCAUCACAGCCCCAUUCAAACAUGAAGACAUUGUAUUAUAUCAAUCUACAAAAGUAAGAAGAGUGUGAAUCAAAUUAACAAGCAACUGCAAGCGAUAACACCUGAUCAAAUCCUAUAAACUGUAAAUACGUAUAAAAAGUUAGUUUCCUUAUGAUUACCUUGUUUCCAAGAUGUUAACCUCUUCUUGUUGAAAUUAUCAUUUUAAGCAGCUUAUCCCAUAUCCAUGUUUUUCAUUUCCUUUUGUUACGUAGCUCGUCAUUUUCCUGUAGGGCUUAGUCACACAGUUGUCUCAAAGUACCCAAAACGCAGCUGAUCAAACGAUACACUACCUGAUAGAAAGUUGCCACAUUAUGUACAUCAGGUUGAUGAAACUGAGUUUUGGGAGAUCCUAUCUUGUUAGAAAGCUGUGUGAAGCAUUUUUAGAUGCAAGAUUGCGUAUAAAGGUUUUGCAAUCACACAGGCACGUGUUUGGUUUUAAAGUUUUAGAAAAAAUAAAAAGCUUGCAAACUUAGUUUUCACUUUUCUCUAGUUUUGUCUAUGUAUACACUUUGGUAAUGUCAUUUUAAAAAGAAAUUUUUAUUUGCU